CUCUCCACUCCACAGCUCAAGGGUCACUGUGCAGGAAAUGCAAGAGGCCAGGGAGGAGAGAGGGGGAGAGUCGCAGUCAUUCUGGAGCAGGGGAAUCCACUACAGAUGAUCCAGUUGCUCCAGAGCCCCUGGGAGGACAGAUUCAGGGUUUGUCUGGACCUGGCGCGGCUCCUGCACUUCCUCUCCCAGUCCCCUCUGGGCUCCGUGGCCCUGCUGGACUUCCAGCCGCGGCAGUUUGUCACCGUGGCCGGCGAGCUCAAGCUCACCGACCUGGACGACGCCAGCGCAGAGGAGACGGCGUGCCACGGCGACGCCGACUGCACGCUGCAGUUCCCGCACAGGAACUUCACCCUCCCCUGCUCGGCCCGCGGAGUCUGCGAGGGCCUGAACGAGAAGAGGAACAUCUACAACGCCUACAGGUAUUUCUUCACCUACCUGCUGCCUCACCAGGCUCCGCCCGGCCUCACACACCUGGUAGACCACAUCAUGAACUCCACAGGGGAGCUGAAAGCUGACAUCAAUCAGACACUGGAGGCCUUUGAACACAUCCUCCUCCUUUACAAGUCUGGCCUGCACCUGGACAACCUGCCUCCAUCAAUAAUCCGAG